UUUGAUCUUGACUACAAUGAGAUAAUCUUUGAUAUCUGAUAUUAUAAAUGCCAGAUGCUCAGUCAACUGAGUUUAUUAGUCUCUACAGUAUCCGUUUCUGACAAGAUGAAGUCAAAUAUUUGUGCCGCUUUUGUUUUUUUCACUUUCUCGACUACUGCUUCAGCAUUGCCAACAUCUGCAACUUCAAGUGAUCUACCAUCAAGAAUAGUGAAUGGUUUUCCGAUUGAUAUAACUGAAAUUCCGUACCAAGCUUCCUUGAGACGGAGCGUGGCGUCAGGAUGGGCACAUUCCUGUGGAGCUGUGAUCAUUAGCAACAAUGCGGUAUUGACGGCUGCACACUGUGUUGAUUCCUAUGUCUUAAAUCCUUCAGUUUUAAAAGUAGUCGUUGGAACAUCGUACCGACUUUCAGGAGGACAAUCCUAUGCGAUAUCGAGAAUCAUUCCUCACGAACAGUAUUUACAAUCUACUUUAGAAAAUGACAUUGCUGUUGUAGGAACAUCUAAAACAAUGACUUUCAGUGCAAGUGUUAAUUCCGUUGCUAUUGCUUCAUCAACUUUAUCUUUACCGAUCGGAUCUGAAGCACUUGUAUCUGGAUAUGGGACAACAUCAUACGAAGGCACCACAUCAUCUGUCCUUCAAGCUGCUAAAGUCAAAGUUAUCGCUCAAGAAACGUGUGCUCGGGCGUAUUUGCGGAUUACCCCGAUUACCUCUGGAAUGUUAUGUGCCAACGCUACCCAGCCUCCAAGGGAUGCCUGCCAAGGGGACUCGGGUGGUCCUUUAGUAGCAGACAACGUUCUAAUCGGUGUCGUGUCCUGGGGUGAAGGCUGCGCUGAUGCUUUAUACCCAGGAGUCUACACAAGGGUUUCUGAAUAUAAUUCAUGGAUUGUGCGCAAUGUUGGACUUUUAUAAAUUUCGGUUUUUUGCGAUUACAAAGAUCUCAUUUCCUUUGAAAGCUGAGUUAAAUAUUUGAGUUAAAUAGUUGAAUAUUUGUGUGGUAUUUUUAAUAAAAUAAAUGUCUGAAUUAAAUUAAAGUAAUUGAAUAAAGA